AUUUGAUCGGAUAUGGCAACACUUAUUCCGCGCAAAGCGCAAAAUGUCAAUAAUGUUGUUUUGUUAAAAUUACUUUGCUAAUUGCAUAUUUUGUACGAGUCCACCGUAAUAACGUUACAGAGAGCAAUAAGAGUCAUAAUAUAGGCAUCUUAUAGUAUUAUUCUAUUCAUGGGAUCUUGAUUUGUAUUCAACAAGUUGGACGCGGCUAAACAUCAUGCAGAGGAAGUCCGGCUUCCCUGUGGCAAAUUGCAGCAUCAAAAUGCCUGACUCAAUAGUCACCCCUGUGGAGAGCCCCCCACCUCUCGAAGAAGAAACUGAGCAACGGAGACAACAGCUCAUCAACUUUGGACAUUCCCAAUGGGGCUUCAACAACUGGAACUGGGCUGUCACCAAGCAGGAAUUGGAUUUUGUUGACGCCGCUGGGAACGGGAAGUACACCGCUGGUGUGGUGGCUUUUGUCUCCGUGACAGUGAAAAGCUUUGAUAUCCAGAGGGAGAAUAUUGGCUAUGCCACAUCACUUUCCAACAACAAAGGAAUGGCUAUCUAUAAGUCCAGAAAGUGUGCCGUUACAAACGCUCUACGCGAAACGCUUCUAAGUUUCGGAGGCAGCGUCGCUACAGAACUGAUGGAGUUGUUAGACACGCAAAAGGUGGACGCGCCCAGCGUCCCCAACCCGAUCCCCAACACAACGGAACCUGAAAACAACCAAAACUUGCCAAACAAGCCUGUGCCAGUCGAGCCGAAGAAUUCUGUGGUAAAGAAUAUAAGGAAAGAGGAGAAUACGACUCCAGCGAAUUGCGUCCGACCGCCGGCGAUCAAGAACGCGGCGGCGGUGAGCGGGCCUCCGCCCGUGGCCAAGGCGCACCCCAUACCGGCGCCCGCGCCCGCCGGCAGGGUCCCCGCCCCGCGCGCGGCCGCGCCGCCGCCGCCCCGCCCCAACUCCAACGUAAGUUUCGUCCUGCAGCCGGUGAUGGGCGCGCUGCCGCCCGGCCCGCUGUACCCGCCCCGGCUGGCGCCCCCGCACGUGGCUCCGCCCCACGUCUUCCCCAACUACUACGAAUACUCCGCGGGCCCGUGGCACUUCACGUACGAAAGCUUCGACCGUCAUCAUGGUAACGUCAACUUAAAUUUCAACAUUCCUCCGAAAAAUUUAGUCGUGAACAGUCGUUCGGGUUCGGUGGAGUGUAAGAACGCUUGCGGCGUGCGCCCGGGCCCUGAAGGCGAACCGAUACAAUACGCCCCUCCUCCCCAAAAUCAAGGCUGUUGGAUCAAACCGACCAUUUUCUACGAUGGCUUCUGGACGGAGCAGAAAGUGAAGAAAUGGGUGGCCGAACAAGUUGAGAAACAGUUCCCAGAGGACAAUUCUAACAAGGCAUCGUCUCCUAGCAACGGCGGGCAGCCAGAGCCCCCAACCUCUAAAUCUUAAUGCUCAAGUAGAUUUUUAGAAUUCGCGUAAACUUAAAAAAAAAAACAUAAGUUCUGAUAAAGAAAAAGUUUGCGAUUUAAACACGCGUGAUAUUUUAGUUUAAUCGCAGGAAAUUUCUAGAAAUAUGGUUUUGACGUGUCAGAACUUAUGAUGUAACAAGAGGAAUAAUCUCUUUUUUUGCAUAGAAAGAGGUGCAUGUCUCAAGUUUUGAAAACUUGCCAUAUUUUUACAUUUCACAAAAUGCUGACAUGCACUGAGCCGUACCGGAUUAUCCAGAAAAUAUAUCUGGACAUGUCACUAAAGGGCGCCAGGGAUAUCGAAAGGUCGAACAAUACAAACAUAAUACCAUAAGUCGUCGACCAUAAGUCUAAAUUCAGCUAUACCCUCAGUUAUUAAUAAAAAAAUUGCUCCAAUGUCCAGGUUACUCAGUGGCCCUAGCCAAGGCCUUCUGCGUGUAAUCCGGCUCUGCACUUAGGAAAACCGUAUCACAUAGGAGUUUUUACCACUUUUAUGUCUAGUUUUAGGGCCUUAUAUUUCCAUUUGCUAGAUAGUGACGACAGUAUUUACAUACUAUAUGUGGUGCAUGGACAGACAAGAAAAGGUCGGUUGAAAUAUUUAUGAAAAUGUUUCUAUGAGAUUUUUUUUUCACAUCGUGUCAGCAAUUUUCAAAGAUUAAAGUGUUUAAAUUUUUGGGUAUUGUACUAUUUCAGUUAACCUUAGGCCGCGCGUGAACUGAGUAGUUAAAUCAACUUCCUUUUCUGUCGGUCCAUGGUGUAGGGGUGUUGGAGGCGUUUGAAAUCUCAAAUCACACUAUUUUUUAUCGAAUUUUUCCGAUUUAUUGCUAUUACAAGUAAGUGUUGGCUAGGAUUGUUCGUAGGUGGUGUGAAGUGUGUUGGGGUUCGUCUAAUCUAAAAUUGACUACAACUGUACCAAUCAUAGGAAGUUCCAUCAACAUGCACAUUAAACUACCCAAAUUAAUUGCAAACUCGCCAUUAUUACUGCGCCAUAGAGGUUCAUGCAGGGCAUCUUGAUGUGCUGUUGACUGUACCUUGUGACUUGUGAGGCUGACAUGACAUGACAUUUUUGUAAAAAAAACUUAUUUAUCGAUCACUACGAAACGAAUUUUGAUGAGGAAAUAUACCCAAUCAAAUGUGUUUAGUUCACUCGUGUGUUUGCGAUGCGAAUACUGUCACAAGAUGGCGGUUGUUGUAAAUGUCAGGUGCCUAUAGGCGACUUGAAUGAAAUCUAACAUAAGUGUUAGCAAUGACACACAUGAGAAAAAGCCGAUCAAGUGGUUUAACUUUAGAUUAGAUUAUACCUCUGUAGUAUGUGUGUUGAUGCUGUUACGAUGGCUUGGACCCCCGAUUUUGUAAUGUGAAGUCCUUGCACACGAAUUGAAAGUUUAAACAGGGUGGCAUACAGAUUAAAAAAAAAAGUUAAAUAAAAACCUACAUUUUCGACUUUCCAUGCUAAUUCCGAUCAUCUGAUUAGUUUAAACUUGUAUAAUUAAGCAGAUACAAAAUUAAAAAAAGUUCAAAAAUUAAAAACUUUAAAGUUUGUUUAGUGACUCGCUAUGUCGUCAUUCAGACCUGACGAGAAAAGGCUAGUGUUUGCCAACCUUACAAUAGCCGCCGAAUAUUCAUAAGUAAUUAAAUCAAUAUUUGUGCAUGAUGGAUCCAAACAACAAUGGGGGUCCAAUUUGAAGUUAAUGGUUGGAAUUGUUAGCGAGAUUUUGUGAGGCAGUUUUGUCACGGAUGGAUUUAAAAUGCAUUUUUUUUAAAAUUUUU